AUGUGGGUGCUGUGCGGCCGGCUGGCCAGCGACGCUGCCGCGCCAGGCCUAGGGCGCGAGAGUGCUCCGCUUGGUGUCCACGCCAGCCUGGCGCCGGCACGUCAUUCCUCCUCCGACUCGGGACCCGAGUCGUCAGACCCUGCCUCCGCUCGCCGCCGCGCUUCGGCCGCCCUGGCCUCCCUCCUCUUCAGCGCGGCCGCCGCCCGUCGCUCGGCCGCCGCCGCCUUUCGCGCCGCCGCCUCCCGCUCCUCCGCCUCCCGGCGCGCCGCGGCCUCGCGCAGCUGUUGGGCGCUGGGCCGGGUGAGCCUCUCCCGCCUGUCCUCCAGUUUGCGCAGGACCUCCAUCUGCUGCCGCGCCGCGCGCCUGCGGCGCGUGCGGGACAGCUCGCUGUACCGCUCCCUGGCCCGCGAGAUGGAUGCGUUCAGGCUUGCCAGCUGGGUGUCCACGUCCACGAACAGCACGGCGCGCAGGAGGUAG